AAUCCUCAUCACGAUACACAGUGAUCGUCAUAAACGAAAGCGUCCUAACGUAGGCCUGCGUACUAUAUCAAAUCAGAUGGGAUGGGGGUACGUGUUUUUCCAAGUAGCCCAUGACAAAACACUUUAAAAAAUCCAUUUCUGUUAAAUCCGUUUAGAAGGUUUAGAAAUCAAAUUUUUAUAGAAACAUGCCGGUUCAGUCAUUCCCCCUCGCAUCUGUGACCAUAGGUCCACAAUCUUGGCGAGAUAAAACGGCCCAUUCUAUCCGACGCGCGGAGAACUUGGUGCGCCAGUCGGAUCCGGGCAGGUCCGGCUCUGCUAGCCCGCGUCGGCCACGUAGCUGCACAGCGCUUUCCCUACUUUCCGCUAGCCCACGUUUGGAAUUACACGAAGCAGAAAAAAGCAAGGAGAGGGAGUGCGACAAUGUUAACACUAGGCAAACAAGCCAUAAGGUCAGACCGGUGUCUACAGGGACCUCGCGCUCCAGUCCAUCCUCUGGCCAGUUUGCUGCCCCCUUUCCUCCGCCCUGCUUGAGGGAGCUGUGUGCAGAGGCCAGCGUGAGGGUUGCAGGGGAAUACAUGCGUGACGUGAGGGCAGUGGAGGGGCAGUUGCGUAGACAGGCAGGCAGGGUGGGGCAGGAGGGCAUCAAACUGGAGAGGGAGAAGGGGUAUUUAGAGAGAAUGCUGAGAUCCGUAAGAAAAGAUAUGAUGGUGAACAAGAAAAGCAUGGAGGAGCGGACACUGAGACCAGCAACCACAGAGACAGGCAGAGAUGGUGCAGACAAGCUGCUGGAUCAUGAGAAGAAGGAGCUGACUGAGCUUAAGGCCCAACUGGAGACGACACUUAGAGACACUCUGACACAACUACAAUCACUCAGUCAGUGCAGUAAGCUGUUAUUGGAGUGUGCAAGUGAGAGGUCCAGGGUUUUGGAUCUUCUCCCGCAUAAUGGCUCUCACUCAGCAGGAGGUCGCUGCACUCCCUCCCAAGUUCCAGUGAAAUCAAAGCCCACUGGACCCUACACCCCAGAGUGUGAGCAAGCAAUAGAAUCCUCAAGUUUGGCCCUCAGCCAAUCACAGCUGCUCAGGGAGCAGAUCCGACGUUUGAUAGGCGAAGCCAUUGCCCGGCAAAAAUCAGCCCACCAAUCAGUGAAUGAAGGCCUGGUGAAGAAAAUCGCAGAGACAGUCAGCAUGAAGCAACACCUCACAGUGAGCUCAGCCUCAACCAGGCAGGCCAUUUACCGCAAGCAGAGACAACUGGACUGCAUUCAGCACAGCCAUGACAGGGCACUGGGCCCAGUAUCCAGUGCAGAUCUGUUGUCCAGAGAGAGAUUGGACAGGCCACUUGUGCAAGUCUACCAAAGACACCCCGGCACUCAGUUGCCAGAAGCCAUGCAUUUAAUUCAGGGUGGCGCUGUUGUGCAGCAGUGUCUGCUCUCCUCAGGCGAACAACUGUCUCAGCUGCGCCGUGCUCACCAGCGAUUGAUGGUGGAUCUGCGGGGGAAGGGAGCAGCGGCUCAGGUGGAUUCUGCUAUUGUCAGACUGCGGCGCCGUCAUGUUGACCAUCGCAGAAUGCCCUCCUUUUUUCUACAGGGCACAUGUUAAAGUUCUCCUUG